CAAAAUGUUGUAAAGCCUAUGUUUUUGUACUACUUGUUAUACUUAUAAUAUCAUCGCGAAUAUUAGUUAUUUAUUAGAUUUAAGUAAUAUUAUUAAAUGAAUAUCGUUAAUAUGGAUACCGGAAUAAUGGUGGAGACGUUGCCGAUAUACGGCACAUGUAGUUUAUGUCUGAACGAGGGAGUCGUCAAGAGUAUGAUUCUAAAACAAAAUAAUGAAAAUAAAGUGGACUCCUAUACAGAUAUGCUGUUAAAAUGUUUUUCUAUAGACAUGGCAGAAUUAGAUUUGGAUGACACAAAACGACUUAUUUGCAACAGUUGCAUCACACAGUUGGAAGCCUGUCUCAAGUUCAGGAACCAAGUGGAGAACUCCUUGAAGGCCUUGGAAGCCACGGUCAGAUUGACAAAAGCUGGUCAAGCAUUUGAUGGCGUGAAGGUCGAGCUGCCAACUAAAAAAGAUGGAAUCAUUCGAAUGUGUAUCAAAGAGGUGAACGAGGAGUUGGCUUCAGUGAUUGGAUUGUCCAAAGAUACCUUUGAUGACAACGAUACAGAUGAUGAAGGAAUACUCUUUCCCAGUGUGAAGCAGGAGAAUGAUAGCGACUUUGAUGACAGCACUGAGUAUUACCAGGACAGUCUGACCGAUUUAAUGAUUAAAAAAGAACCGGACGACUACAGACCGAGGCGGACGAGAAAGAAAAGUUUAUCCACGAGCAAGAAAAAGGUGUCUUACUCAGUCAACAAGCAAGCGGAUUUGAAGGAAAUAGAGAAAAUGUUAGAAGCAGGCCUUUUUCCGUUCAAAAUGGGUAAGAAUCAAUCAUUUUCCUGUGCUAUAUGUCACGAGAAAUCAACAAUACUCGACGAUAUAAAGUCCCACAUCAUGGAGCACAGCACAUCAAACAUACACGUCGCUUUCAAGAAAAUGAUUUCGUCAACGCUUCAUAAAUUCUACAAAUAUUCUAGUAAAUUGAGAUGCAAAAUAUGCAGAACCGACAUCUCGGACUACGAUGGGCUCAAACAACACAUAAAUUCUUGUAUCACAGUCAAAAGUGGAAAGGGUUGGAACAAUCUGCCCUUCAAAUUGGAAAAGGAUCAGUUGGACUGCCCAAUUUGUCAGAAGACUUUCCUGAACUUUGUCAGUUUGAACACGCAUAUGAAUGUUCACUAUCCGAACCACAUUUGCGAUAGUUGUGGCAAAGGUUUCGCUUCGAAAGCUCGACUUAGAGGUCAUAUGAGGACUCACGAGGUUGGAGACUUUCCUUGCAGGUACUGUGACGCGGUGUUCGACAGAGUUACUAAAAGAGAAAAUCACGUGUCCAAGGAACAUAAAUCUGGUAUACGAUAUGCGUGUAAAAGAUGCAAUAUAUCUCUAUCUUCUUUCUACGCGAGGCAAAAACAUUUGGCAGAAGUUCACAACGAGGAGUUGAAGAGGUACAAAUGUAAAGCCUGUACACAGAGUUAUAUAACACCAGGCCACUUGUCCAGCCACGUCAGAAGGGAUCACUUGAACGAGAGGAACCACAAGUGCACUAAAUGCGACCUAGCCUUUUAUACGAGAAAUUCUUUGAAGAUGCACAUGAUAAAACACGAUGGGGAAAGAAUCCAUUCUUGUAAUAUUUGCCACAAAGCCUAUCAAAGGAAGAAAACCCUUAGGGAACACAUGCGUAUCCACAAUAACGAUAAGAGAUUCGUGUGUCCCGUUUGUGGAAGGGCGUUCACUCAGAAAUGUACGUUGAAGGGACAUUUGAAGGUUCACGAGAGGAAGCCGGAAGUUGACGACAGUAUACCACAGCCCUUACACUCUAUAUAGUUAAUUUAGAAGAAUUAUAAGCGAAGCUUAUAUGUAUAUUGUUGAGGUCUUGAAAUUUAUUUAACGUUUUUAUAAAUUUUGUUAUUCGCGAUGCCAUUUUGUUUUACAGAUUUUACUCUGUCUUACUAUGAAAUACCUAUCAGUGUAUAAAAAUCAUUUUAAACCUUUCUCCUUAAGACACCGUAAUCGUCUAAAUUAAACGGAAAACGACA